UUUGCAAUCACAUUCGCAUUAGUAAACAAAUAGUUCAUACGUUAAUUGAAAAUGAAAUCGAUUAUUGUUUUUGUUGCGAUAUUCGCUAUUGCCAUUGGUGCUCCUCAACAUCAUCACGAUUAUCAUGAUUACGAGCACGCUGAAAUUGUUCGUUACGAGUCUGAUGUUCGUCCCGAUGGUUAUAAAUUUGGCUUUGAAACUUCGGACGGUACCAAGCACGACGCUGAAGGUCAAUUGAAAAAUAUUGAGAAAGAUCACGAUGCCCUCGUUGUUCACGGCAGUUACUCAUUCGUUGAUAAAGAAGGCCAUCACUUCACUGUCAACUAUGUUGCUGAUGAAUACGGUUAUCAAGCCGAGGGCAGUCACAUACCUCAUGCUUAACCUU